AGCUGCAAGGCCCUUCACCACUCAAUCCUUGGACCCACUCGCCCCAAUCGUGACCGAGAGUUCGCAUGCAUACAUACAGACGACAGGACUAGAGACAAACCCCAAGCCGAGUCUCACGAUGCAAUCCGCACAGGCUCGAGUUGGAUCCGAAGCUGCGGGCUCGGACUCUGCCACAGCUCAGCAUCCAUCCAGCCAGAAAACAAGGAAAAGGAAAGGCCAGAGGGCCGGGAAGAAGAAGAAGAGAGAACGGAGAAUGUCCUUCGCUGCUCCACUGGACGAGAUGACCGACGAUGCCAACCACCCCGAAGGCUUGGAUAGUCCCCACCCCCCCAACUUCUACUCAGUUCGCGAUAGCAACCUCAACAACCUCAGCAAUACAAGUAUUGAUAGUGAGGUGCUGUUAGACCAUAGAGAGCAACCACCCUCCCUACGGCCUCGCCGCCCCUCGAAUGUACCGCAACCAGCGUCGUUUCAGCAACACCAAAUCCCACAACCAACCAGCAGGCUGAGGACAGUCUAUUAUGGAGAGGACUCCGACUCUGACGAUGAAACAGCUCGACUGGACGAAGGCGCGCCCCUCCUUUCCGAUUCUGUUCGCCUGAGAUCAGACCCAGUGUUGAUGCAAUUCGGGGGCUAUGGAUCGAACAAUCCGCGCCCGGGAAGCGGAUCGCAUAGUCGCCGCGAUUCGAGCCGGACAAGCAGCAAGAGGAAGCUUCCCAACCAAUUCAUGCCUGGUGAUGGCAACUACAAUGUCAAUUACCCCCCCUCGGUUCCUGGAACGCCUCCGAUGCGGCCGUCUCAUCGGAUGGCCAUGAGCUUGGGGGAUGUGAUGCUCCGGGACGAGCUUGAAUUAGAUCGGCAUUCGGAUGAAGAAUGUUUGCCCGGCAUUGACAUCACGGAUGCCGGGCCCGGUCAAGGAUUUCAACCACCGCUUGAGCGGCGGCAUACGAUCUCCAUGGAGGCGGAGGAGGACGUGUGCUUUCCGCAUGAGGGGCUUUCUGAGAUGGCCGAUGACGACCUUCGCGUCCAAGACCCGACGGCAUAUCACAUGAGAGCUCGGCGGAGGCGAAAGAAGUGGCCGGAUCUGUCGAUACUCGACGAGUGGAGCAAGUUUGAGAAGGAAGGCCAAAGCGAGGAGCGCCGGGCCAAGAAAAUCACCGAGCCUCAGCUCGUUAACGGGAGAUUGCGACCUGUGCAUAAGGGUUGGUCUCAAACCACAGAGGUUUCUCCUUAUCGCUUCACCUAUUUCAACGAACAGUUCCCAAGCACCAUCCACAGCCAAUCAAUUUCCGAACUCAUACGGCCAGGAGGGAGCUUCAGGGAGCUAUUCAUCCCCGAUCCACCGCUUUUGUCAGAUUCCGAGGAGGACGAGGAGGACGAGGAGGAGGACCAUGCAGCUACUUUACGCCAGGUGCUCACUGGCCAGAAUUCUGAGGCAAAGGGCCCGAUAAAGCAACCGUCUGUCGCUACAACAACGGAAAGCCAUGCGGGAUCCCACAAGCAGAGCACGAUAUCGCCAUCCAGCGACGGUGAGACAGCACCAGCGUCAAAACAUAACUCGGGUGAGCAUAGUCAAGCCGAGCCAAGAUGGCCAGAGUUCCAUACGCCAGAGUACCAUACCGAAACCAAGACCCCGAGAUACGGCGAGCGUCCAGUCUGGUGGCUUGAUAUCCUCAGUCCCACAGAAGCCGAAAUGAAGGUCAUCUCCAAGGCUUUCGGCAUCCAUCCUCUCACCUCGGAGGAUAUCAUGGUCCAGGAGCCCAGAGAGAAAGUCGAGCUCUUCCGCAACUACUACUUCGUGACCUACCGUACUUUUGAGCAGGAUCGGAACAGCCAGGACUUCCUCGAGCCGGUCAACAUGUACGUUGUUGUCUUCCGCGAAGGGCUCCUGAGUUUCCACUUUUCCAUGACUCCCCACCCAGCGAAUGUCCGGCGUCGUGUCCGCCAGUUGCGGGACUAUCUUAUGAUAUCAUCGGAUUGGAUAUCGUACGCCAUAAUCGACGAUAUCACCGAUGUCUUUGUCCCAUUAAUCCAGGACAUCGAGGAGGAGGUGGAUGAUAUAGACGACACCGUCCUGCAGCUCCCCUCCAGCGACCGGGCGUCGAAGGAAAAAAGCAAGAAAGAGAACGAGAAGUCGGAUGCCACGUCACGAGACCGAGAAGGCGACAUGCUCCGGCGCGUGGGUGACUGCCGCAAGAAGGUCAUGAGUCUCUACAGACUGCUCAGCAAUAAGGCAGACGUCAUCAAGGGAUUCGCCAAGCGAUGUAAUGCGCACCUCGAGGUCGCGCCACGAUCAGAAAUCGGGCUAUACUUGGGCGAUAUCCAGGACCACAUUGUGACAAUGACCGGGAAUUUGAGUCACUACGAAAAGAUCCUCGCUCGAUGUCAUGCCAACUACAUCGCCCACAUCAACAUCCGAAUGAACGAGCGGCAAGAGCAGACUGCCGAUGUUCUCGGAAAACUUACGGUUCUCGGAACCAUCGUCCUACCCAUGAACAUCAUAACAGGACUGUGGGGUAUGAACGUCUGGGUUCCCGGGCAAGACCACGAGGGAGACUUGAAGUGGUUUGUGGUCAUCACGAUUGGACUUUUGAUGUUCGGUUUAGCCUGCUACUGGACAGCAAAGCGAGUAUACCGGAUCGUCUGAGGGGGAAUCCGGCAACGAGAGCCGAAUCGCAGAAUACGGAUACUAUGGUUGUAUUGUACAUAAGGAUGGCAGGUGAUGGACUAGGAAGGAUCAGCUGAUGCAUGGGCGUUGAGGUCUACGGUGUUUUGGAUAUUCAGGGCAGAGGGAGCACAUAUACAAGGAUAGAACUCUACAUAGGCCCCGCCGGCUUUUCAUUGCAGACAUCUUCCAGCGAGUUGGGCAACACAUAUCGUCGUCUACCAUCUCUGUACCCACGCCGGGGCGUGCCUCUAGUUGAGCUGCAGUCACCGGAAUCUCCCACCAAAAAAGCACCUAGCCACGGGCACGUGACUCCGCCUCUUUUAAACCCGCGCGAGAAAUUU